AUGUCAGACCUAGAAGAUCAUGCGUUCGACAGCGACGAUGAUCUGGCGACCAUCACUUUUCCUGGUGCUGCACGCGCAGGCGAUCAGGACGAGCCUCGCCCCUUUGAUCUUGCGGACGUGCCUUCGUCUGUGGAAGCGGAGGAUGCUUUGGCUCAAAGCGAGAUCUUCGAGAGUCUGUUCUUGCAACAGGACGGAGCUCGACCUGCGGGUCGUACGUGGGAGCAGACGAAAGUUCAGACGGUGAGCUUGUCCGCGCUUGCACGGACGUUCAAAAAGGACGACAAAGCGACCGCGAUCAACUUGUUGCAUCGACGUUCUGUGCUUCGCCUGGACGACGAUUUGUACUACGACAACGACGACGAAAUGCUGGCUUGGGAUGGCUCCCAGCAUUUUCUUGAUUUUUUUCUUGUCGUCGGAGGGUCGGUGGGUUUGCAUGCGUUGCUGCCGAACAAGGUCGUGGACCACACGUUUUCCAUCGCCCUCAACCUCUGUCUUCCCACCCGACUGUUUCGACCGAAAUUCGGGAAGCUUGGAUUCGAUCCCACGGGAUGCAUGAUGGCCCUGGGAACAGGGGCAACGUGUGAAUUAUGGCUGGCAUUUUGCCCGCGCGAGAACUUGGAGGACUUGGAAGUCGCGAACGAUGUGCCUCUGCUGAGCGAGAGAAAACACGGGGACACCAGACUGUCUUCGUCUCACUUUCGCAUGGUCGCGAUGUUCCUGGCCCAUGCGCUGUCCAAAAACCCGUCGCUUCCUAUCUACGUGAUGCACGCCUAUGGCACGGACGACGAUCUCAGCGCGUGGAGGAUCAAGGACGUAUCCAACAUAUACUCGCAGGGGACUUGGAACUUGCGCCUCAACGAUUUGCUCGAGUUACACAACACCAUCAUCGCUGAUUGGGACGACUGGGUCGCAGCUGCCCCUAGGACCUGGAAGCAAGACGGGUGGCUCCUCAGUCGUGCUCCUGUGGCCGUAGCUUGUCGCUACGGUCAGAACCAACCGAUCGCUAAUUCAAAUGCCAACGCACACGUCGUCGAAGCUAAGAAUUGGCACGCAGAGAGAUCUUACGCCAACAUAAGAUAUGUGUCCAUAGCAGUAGCCACAGACAUCGCAUGCACCAGGGUCAAACGAUGGACGGAGGUGCCCAACGAAGAUAUCAUCCAGGAGCACGGCGUGGUGUACGACUCCCCCGAUCCACACGUUCGCGAAGAGGUGGACCUAGACGAU